CCUCCAACAGUCUCAGUGGGUGAUGUUUGUUCAAAUCUCACGCAUCUUUGCUCCAGUUUCCUCACUGCGAGAGCAGCCGCACGCUGAUAAACACGCGCGAAUUUAAAGCUCUGCGACAUAAACUCGCCACAUGCUGCAACAAAUCUGACAUACCUUUGAAAUUUAGCUACAGCUUCUGGACUAUCGGACUUUUCGGAGAAGUUAUGCUAUUUUCUCAGACCGUCGCAACGGCUUCAAAAUGAACCCUCAUUGCGCGCGCUGUGGAAAAAUCGUCUACGCAACAGAGAAAGUGAACUGCCUGGAUAAGUAUUGGCACAAAGGAUGCUUCCAUUGCGAGGUGUGUAAAAUGACUCUCAACAUGAACAACUACAAGGGAUAUGAGAAGAAGCCCUACUGCAACGCGCACUACCCAAAACAGACCUUUACUAUAGUGACAGACACUCCUGAAAACCUUCGACUGAGACAGCAAAGUGAGCUCCAAAGUCAGGUGAAAUACAGGAAGGAUUUUGAACAGAGCAAGGGUCGGGGCCUCAAAUUUGUCCUGGAUACUCCUGAGCUACAGAGACUGAGGAAGGCCCAGGAUCAGAUCAGUAAUGCGAAGUAUCAUAAGGACUUUGAGGUGUCAGGACUGCAAGGGGUCACUCAGGGAAUGCGUGGGACAUACGUGGUGCGAUCUCAGAUGACGCCGAACAAUGAGACUGUGGCAAACAGCACACACAAGGCUGUCCAUCAGUACAUUAUGGAGAUGGAUCGAAGACCUGGUGUUAUUGUGGCACCUGUUCUUCCUGGUGCAUACUAUCCCAACAGUCACAGCCAUGGACACAGCUACAUGCAUCAGACCAGCAUGCAUUCACUGAGGUCAAUGCAACUGAGUGUAAAUAACUUAAUGCACACACCUGGUCUGCAGACUGUGUACAGGGCUCUGUAUGACUACAUGGCGCAGGAUUAUGAUGAGGUGUCAUUUCGGGACGGGGACAUCAUUCAGAACGUGCAGCCAAUUGAUGAAGGUUGGAUGUAUGGUACAGUACAGAGGACGGGCAGAUCAGGAAUGCUGCCUGCCAACUAUGUUGAGGGCAUUCGCUAGUGUUCCUACAGCACAUCUGAAUGGAAAUUGUUCAUAGGCAUCAAA